CUCCAGGAAGUGCUUCUCUUAAAACUUCUUAGCUCCAAAUGUUGUAAACCUUAGCAAUAGACACUCAACCCUUCAAACGUGAACUUAGAGAUAUCAUCAUAACUUAACUCGUUCUUGAGGCUGUCCUUUUUCCAAUUCAGGGGCAAGUAUCAUUGAGACCCAAACACGUUUAAUUGAUAAUCUCUUCUCAAACUCCCGGCAACACCUUUCGCAUGGCAACACAAUAACACCAGACACAAAGGAGAGCUGUCAUUACGCUUCCGAGGUCACUAGCACGUAAGGGCAGGCUAAGCUCGCUCUUAAACGUGUCAGGCUACAGACAGGCGUGUUUUAAUAGAGGCCAAGUAUUGCAAUGGCUGCAUCACCAAGAGCGUCGACGAGCUAUGGACCGAAGUCUGAACGAACCCCUCUACUACGACGAGACACAGAGCGUCCCAAGACCGCGCGCAACGUAACCUUUAACCCGAACCCCGUGUCAAGAACCAUCGAUCCAGAUCCUGCUUCUUUAAGCUCGUCGCCUAGCACCAUAAAUACUCUCGAGCAUGGACGCGCGACGAGUUCCCUGGCCUCGGGAAGUAGCUCGGCCGUCCCGCCUCCCAUGCUCUCGGCGCUGAAUAAUCGCCUACGUCGACGCAACAGUCACGGUUCCGUCUUCACCGCUCUCCCGCCAUCAGUAGGCCCUGUGCCGAAGAUUGGCCCCCAACGGAGCUCCAAGACUGCGCAGAAACUAAAACUACUGCCGAAUCCCGAGCUCGAAGAGGAGGCACCAGAUGAGGAGAGCGGCAGGGACGUCUAUUCGCAAUACACGCGUAUUAAAGAUCCUACAGCGAGGAGAGAUGCCGCACGGUUAGGAAAGGCAGACCGAGACAGGUUGCCACGGGUCACAGCCUAUUGUACCGCAAACAGAUACCAGAUGGAUGGCCUGAUGCGGUUCCUAAAAGGCAGGGGCAAGAACCGGGGAGCACAUCCUAAAUUAAUCGACGAGUGCAUAUACUCACCUUAUAGCUAUACACUUGGCAAGUCGGCAGAACGAGCUGAAGCGGCAGAAGAAAUACCAGAGAGACCGGUUCAGAUGUAUGAAAGGAGACAUUCGACAGGCGAGUUCGAAGAGCAUUCGGAUGAGUACAGGAGAGAAAGCCUACACAACUUGCAGGCGCAACGAAAUGACGGAACGUCAGAUGCCGAACAAACGUUCAGCAAUGGCCGAGAUAUGCACAACAAUCUCACCUACCCAUCACGACUAGAGGACGAAAGCGCGAUACACGACUUGCAUUCGCAUUCGGAGCAACACCCGCACGAAGUCGAGUUUGAUACCAAGGUGCACACCCCAGAAGUAUUCUUGUUCGAUUACGGCGUCGUAGUUAUAUGGGGGAUGACACUGGGACAAGAACAGCGAUUUCUAAAAGACAUAGCAAAGUUCGAACUUGAGAAGCUAGACCCGGACGACAUGGAGACAGAAUGCUUUAAUUUUUACUACACGAACGAGUACCAGCCGCGGAUAUAUAACGACUUUAUCACAUUACGAGACAAAAGGAAUUAUAUGACGAAACUGGCUAUAUCACAUGCGCUCGCCCAAAGCGUCAAGACCUCCCUCUUCGAAGAGCUCAUCGCCUCGACCGUCGAUACAUGCAAGGAUAUCCCGACGCAAAUAGCCCUGACAGGAAAAAUUGCCCUCUCACGCUCACAAAUCAACAUGCAGAUUGGCGAAUUGUUCAUUCUCAGGAUUAACAUUCACCUCAACGGUAGCGUCCUCGACACGCCCGAGCUCUUCUGGGUCGAACCCCACCUCGAGCCCGUCUACCAGGCCGUCCGGAGCUACCUCGAGAUGGACCAACGUGUCGGUCUGCUCACGGAACGGCUAGAUGUCAUUGCGGACUUGUUGGCGGUGCUGAAAGAUCAGCUCAGUCACGGACACGGCGAGAAAUUAGAGUGGAUUGUCAUCGUUCUCAUCGCAGCCGAGAUCCUGGUCGCGGCAGUCAAUAUCGUCGUCGACCUGUACGCGGGCGUAGACUAAGCAUCUGUCGUACCUACGCACCUCGUCGCUAUUAGACUAGUAAUUUGCUUUCAUAAAUCGGAAAAUGCAAUGGGCGGCGCUGGGGAUGCACGGGAUCAGUUACAUAUAUUUGUAGUAUAGCAUACAUACCUCAUACCUAACCUAGGUACUUAAGUGGACUCCACCUACGCAGCGGCACCUUCAAGUUCUUGGGUAUGGCAGGUCUAAUCAGCAGAGGCCAUUAUUCAAAACAACCUACAGUUUGGGUGUAUAUAGUAUUAGCAUCGACGUCGGUAUCGAUAUUACCAAGUUGUUCACGAGCCAGCUUCGUCAUACAUACCUAUUGCUCGCCUACAUAUAUUAAUUCUUUCAGGGCAGAA